AAUGAUUCUCAAACUUAAUCUCCAAAACAACUUCAAUUGGAAAGAAAUCAGAAUGAGUAGUGGAAAGGGACGUCGUUAUUCAUUCCUUGCUUUUUUCUUCUUCUUCAUUCUCUUCAUCUCCUCCGAGGUGACUGCAGCAAGGAAGCUGAAGAUGGUCCAAAAGAAUGAACAGAGAUCAAUUAGCAUCAGCCCGAGAACAGGAAUCCGCAACAAACCGGUCUGCGGUCGUAGCGGUCGUUAUACCGAUUGCAUCCCUAGAAAUAAGCCACCAAGUGAAAGGUGCAGUCCCUAUGUUAGAGGAUGCAGCCCGCCGUAGACCGAGUACUAUCACCUAUUUCUCUGCAAAUGAUCAAUAAAUCAUUCCAAAAUCACAUGGAUUGAAAUCUUGUUUUAAAUUGUUUGUGUAUUAAUUUAUCCUUUGAAAUAAAAAGUGUGUGUGUAUAAUUCAUAUAUAUAGUAGUUUAUAUAUAUGAUAUUUCACUUUGGAGUUCA